AUGGUGAAAGUCUGUACCUCGACAUUCCCGACGUGUCCAAUGUGCAAGAGUAUCUGUAGUCAUGACCUCGAGACGGGAGAAAUUAUAGGUCCUGGAGAGACCCAUUUGCAGAUGAUGCAACAAACACAAGAGGCAAAAGAAGAACUGCGUCGACAACGAGAAGAAGCACAUCAGCAUCGUAUGCAAUACUGGGCGACGUUAGCUGGACAGCAAGAAAACUCUCAUGGUCAAGCGCCGAAGACGAAGCGAGCGCUUGGAUUUGGAAGACCAAGCGAAGCCACACAUUCAUCCAGCUCAAAUACUACACCUGCAACCAGUGCAGGAGACCAGGACGCUGCUGCAUUGGCUCGUUUUAAGGAUCUAGAUCCAUCAGUGAUGGACGUUGAAUGGCUUUCUACGUGGCAUCGCAAAGCCAAGCAAGAUCACAUAUUCGCCAAAGCUUUACUUCGGUUCGGCAGUCUUUAUGCUGGGGACUUUCACGCAAUAACCAAGAGCUUGGACGGCCUGGGUGAAUUGAUUUAUACCAACGGUGGACGUUAUGCUGGUCAGUGGAAACAAAACCAGCGACAUGGCAAAGGAAUCUAUCAAGGUGCCGAUGGUUACGAGUACAUUGGUGACUGGGUGGAUGGGAGAAAACAUGGCGUGGGGGUCCUGACUUUAUCUAGCGGGGAACGCUACGUCGGUCACUUUGAAAAUGGCAAAUUUCAGGGUAUCGGCGUUUUUUUCGCAGCGAAUGGAGAUCGAUAUCAAGGUCAAUUUCAAGACAAUCGUCCGAACGGGUUUGGCAAGUUCAAGAAAGUCGCUGGAGAUCGAUAUAUCGGGCAUACUAUUGACGGUCUUGCAUAUGGGGUGGGAACUCUUAGCACAGCAGACGGCGAAGUCUACAAAGGACACUGGGAAAAGGAUUUCCGUCACGGUAGUGGUGUUUGCUUUUAUCCUAAUGGUGCUGUCUACUCUGGAGGCUGGUGGCGUGGAAGAUGGAGUGGGAACGGGAUCUACGUUUCCAGUGAAGGUAUCAAAUAUAUUGGCGAGUUCUCGAAAGGCAAACAGCACGGCAAAGGCAAAUUAUUCUUCGAUAAUGGCGACGUAUUCGAGGGAUACUUCGUUCACGGUGUAGCCGAAGGAUCAGGCAAGACAAAAGGGGUCUAUCGUUUUUUCGAUAGUGGGAAUAUGUAUGUCGGCGACUGGGUUGCCAAUAAACGUCAUGGGCGUGGCACGUACACAUUCUCCGGAGGUAGCAGCUAUACUGGGACGUUUAACAACGACCAUGUUGAAGGCCGAGGGACUAUGACGUACUCGAAUGGAAACGUAUAUAAAGGAGAGUUCUUGAACGCUGAGAAACACGGUCAAGGUGUCUAUCGGUGGCGAGAUGGGAGCGUAUACGAAGGGCAGUUUAUGCAUGGAUUGAUCCGAGGUUCCGGCAAAAUAUUGUAUGCUACUGGACAUUCGUAUGAGGGACAAUGGCUUGAUAACAAGAAACACGGCAAAGGGAGAUUCGUUUACCGGAACGCAGACAUUUACGACGGUGAAUGGCGCGCUGAUCGACGCCAUGGGUACGGGGUGUUUACGUGGAAUCCUAACACUAUCCAACAGGAGAAAUACGAAGGGAUGUUGGAUGAUGAGCGACGUCAUGGCAAAGGCAAGUAUUAUUAUGCGAACGGUACUGUGUACGAAGGUGACUGGAACUAUGGCAAGCGUGACGGAAUGGGAACUUUCACGUGGCCUUGUGGCGAUGUAUACAGUGGCCAAUUUGUCGACGAGAUGCAACAUGGGUUUGGGAGCUUCUUUUGUGCUUCGUCGGGUGAUACAUACGAAGGCGAAUGGGUCAUGAAUGUACGUGAGGGACACGGCAAAGUAACGUACGCUUCCGGAAAAGCGUUCGAAGGCACAUUUCAUGAAGGUAGACGUCACGGGGCUGGCGUUAUGACUUACAGCAAUGGCAACAGCUAUCAUGGGGUAUGGAAUCGUGAUUUAAAACAAGGUGGCGGAAGAUACGUACUUCAUGUUGCAAGCGAGGAUACUGGAAACGCUAAGAAACAGAAAGAAGCACUGAAAGUCCGUGUGUUCGGCUACUAG